AUGCUGUGGCAAAUCGGCUGCUUGUACGGAGCAUCUUCUGUGGCUCUUGGAGCUUUCGGUGCUCAUGGACUCCGAAAACAUAUCACCGAUCCACAGAAGAUUGCUACGUGGUCCACCGCUGCACAUUAUCAGCUCGUACAUAGCGGCGUGCUUCUCAUUGCCACAUCCGUCGCUCCCAAGAAUAAACUUGCUGCGGGUCUUUUCAUUGCUGGCAUGACAAUGUUCAGUGGCAGUAUUUACCUUCUGGUCCUCGAUCCCCAGAGAUUCAAGGCUUUGGGGCCUGUUACCCCACUAGGAGGUCUCUGCCUGAUUGCAGGAUGGGGUGCCCUGGCAUUCGGUAGUCGGGGAAGGGUGACUUUGUGA